AUGACAACCGAUAGAGAAGGGCAAGAAGAUGUUCAAUACAGGGUCUUGCAACGAGCUGAACUUGCACAUUCGAUUUGGAACUUGAGAUUUAACCUGGGCAAAGUCAUCAAACGGAUCCCUCCGGAAGGGACCGUUUUCCAUGAAAGACGAGCAAAGGAACCACAAUUAAAACUUGGACAGCAAGGCACCCGACUUUUCCAUCCGGAUUAUUUGUCUGAAGAAAACUUGCCGUUGAUUCGAGAGUUUAAGUGCUUGGAUUCUCCUCCACCUGUUCCGCCAAGCUCAUCACAAGAAGAAGAUAAAGAGACCACAGUCGACUCUCGGUACUGA